UCUUGUAAGCAAGAAUGAUUUCUAACUUGAAAAAUUUGUUCUAACCUCGAUUUUUUAGUCUUAGUAAAUAUAAUCAACCAAUUUACCAUUAUAAGAAUCCUGAUCUCUUCCAGAUCUGAUAGACUUUCUUCUUCCCUGUGAGUCAAAGAUGAAAAUCAUGUAGUACAAUAUGACUAUUCAGGAUUUUUUGCAGCCAUACAAACAGUAUUCUGAGGGAUCUUUUAUUUUAAGAGUCACUUAUUUUAGAGAGAGAGUGGAGGAGCAGGGAGGGGGGUGGAGAGGGACAAGUGAGUGGAGGAGCAGGGAGGGAGGUGGAGAGGGACAAACGGACUCCCGGCUGGGGUGGUGGGGGGCAUGCUGGGUCUCAAUCUUAUGACCCUGAGAUCAUGACCUACCUGAAAUCAAGAGUGCCCCUUAACCCUUAACCCUUCUGAGCGACACAGGCGCCCCUCUGAGGGCUCUUUUAAUUUAUCUUUAACAAUAAAAAGUGCUGGGCGCCUGGGUGGCUCAGUUGGUUAAGCGACUGCUUUCGGCUCAGGUCAUGAUCCCGGAGUCCUGGGAUCGAGUCCCGCAUCAGGCUCCCUGCUCAGCGAGAAGCCUGCUUCUCCCUCUGACCCUCCCCCCUCUCAUGUACUCUCUCGCUCUCUCAAAUAAAUAAAUCUUUAAAAUUAAAAAAAAAGGUACUUUCUGUGUUAUGCAGAUGGGUAAGGAUGGGUAAGUUAUAAGCAUUCAGACACACAUACAAAUAUUUACUACGAAGCUUUUCCUGGAAAAGCUUAUCUUUCAAGACUUGGGACAGGGAGCACAAUUUACUAAAAUAUUCCUUCCUCCAGAUGUUAAAUGCUUGACAAAGAGUUAUGAAUCAUCCUCUAAAUACCGCUACCUUUUAUUGCAGUAAACCCUUUUGGGAAGACAAGAGUCCUGUAUCCUAGAGCGGUGACGUUAUUGAAAGUUUCAUAUUUGUUCAGGGAUUCUCUUAAGAAAGGAUUGAGAGCCUCCUGAUGGGCGAUCUGCAGUAGAAAUCACUCUUUAAAGCUACCGUCGUGGCAUCAUUAUUUUUAAGAACUUUGAAUUUGUAAGUGGGAGAUGUGAGAACCUCGGGUUUGUUAAGGGACGCAUUCCUUUUGAAAAAUAAUUGGAAUUCGCGCGCGAGAGAUGGGAGUCGGGGAGAGAUGGGAAGGAGGGAGGGGAGGGAGGAAACGAGCGCCAAAAGGAUCUGGUCUAUUUUUAUUUAAGCGUUGAGAAAAAGCAAUAUAAAUUCCAUUGACUCUUUCCUCAGUUUUAUGGCAAAAAUAAAAGUUUUCCCAAGAAAUCAAACAACAAAUACCAGUCUUGUUCUGCUUACGGCUCCUUCACUCAUUAUUAGAGGAAAGACAAAAAUCACCUGGGGCCUAGAGCUCCGCCCACUUUCUUGAGGUUUUCAAACAGGUCCGCUACCAGGAAAUAUAAGCCCUGGUCUACGCUUCCCCGACCAUUAGCUGCUUGCUUUCUGGGUCGGAAGGAUGUCUGGUCGCGGGAAAGGCGGGAAAGGGCUGGGGAAGGGAGGCGCCAAGCGCCACCGGAAGGUCCUCCGGGACAACAUCCAGGGCAUUACAAAGCCCGCCAUCCGCCGGCUCGCCCGCCGAGGUGGUGUCAAGCGCAUUUCUGGGCUCAUCUAUGAGGAGACCCGGGGAGUGCUGAAAGUCUUUCUGGAGAAUGUGAUCCGCGAUGCGGUGACUUACACGGAGCACGCCAAGCGCAAGACGGUCACCGCCAUGGACGUGGUGUACGCGCUGAAACGCCAGGGUCGCACCUUGUAUGGCUUCGGCGGCUGAGCAGUCUCUGCGGCUUCUCUUCAAAUCCCUAAAAGGCCCUUUUAAGGGCCCUCAGAACGUCAGGAAAAGAGCCAACACUUUCUAUUUACUGUGUGAAUGUGGGACCUAGGUGUGUCAGAUGAAGCCCUGCCUUGUGCCGUGGAAGUUCCUACCCUGGCGGGUGGCUCCGGGCUGCAGACGGCGAACUUGGGGCUUAGGAGGGGGAGGUAUGACCCGUAGGGCUCGCAAUGGGGAUGCAGCGCCGCUCCCCUGGGACGUAGUCUGGAGAGCGCGGUGCCAGGUAGGGCCCUCGCUAUAAUGUGCACAUGCAGACUGGGAUCCUGUCUAGAAUUUGGGUCCCACUUGGGGUAAGGAGGGAUCCACGCAUAAGUAGCGCAUGGUUUUUGUUUUUGUUUUUUAAUUUUUAUUCUUAUGUUAAUCCCCAUACAUUACAUCAUUAGUUUUAGAUGAAGUGUUACAUGAUUCAUUGUUUGUGCAUAACACCCAGUGCUCCAUGCAGAAUGUGCCCUCCUCAAUACCCACCACCA